AUGUCAAGUCAAAAAGAAUUUGAAAACUUUGAUAAAGAAAAUAUAUUGAAAGAUUUCUUGUCUUUUGAUUUGUAUGAAAAACUAAAUGAUGAAGUAUUUUUAGAGGAAAAUUUUGAUGUAGAUGAAUUUUUAAAAAAAGUAUAUAAAUUUCAUACACUUGAAGAUUUACAAAUUAAACUUAAAAAAUUGUCAAAAACAAUUGAAAAUGAUAUUGUUACAUUUGUUAGAGAAAAAUAUGAUGAUUUUUUCAAACUUGCAGACAGUAUUCUUGAAAAUGAAAGCAAAAUUAUUGAUUUAUCUAUUUAUUUAACAAAAUUUAAAAAUGAGGUUAAAAAAAUACAUGAUACAAUUCAACUGAAUAUUUUACGUAUAGAUCAAGAGUUGCAAAAAAAAAACGAAAUUUAUGUAAAAAAAGAACUUUCUAUGAACCUUUUGAAUAUAAAUAUGAUGAUUGAAGAUAUGGAGUGUCUUUUAUCACUCAUUAUUAAAGAAUAUGAAAACGAUAUUGAUAUAUCGGUUUUGCAAGAAUUGUCUAGGUCUUAUAUCUUCCUUAAAUAUCACCUUUCGCUUGUUUCAUUACAACAUCCAUUCAUAGAAGAAAGAAAAGAAAAAAUUCAAGUUGUACAAAACGAAUUAUUCAACCAUUUAGCUCUUGCUCUUCAUAAAUAUAAAAAAGAUACGCCAAACGAUGAAAAGCUAUUAAUAAUUCUUCAAAUAUAUAGAGAUCUUGAUGCAUCAGUGGAAGCAUGUCGUCAAUUAUGUAAAAUAAAGUCAAUCCCAUCAUGUUAA